AAAAAACAGUAAUAUUUCAUCACUCUCAUCGUUUUCCCUCACCUGGUAUUGUUUCCUCUUCCAGCAUGGCUGGCUGUUCAGGACCACCACUAAUGUUAACUUUCAUCCAGCACCUUCAUCGUCCGUUUGAAAAAAUCGUUGAAACCACCUGUGUUCAGUAUUUACGGACUCUCCGCUUUGUUUAAUGGUCAUUAUUAAGAUUGUUAUUGUUGGAGAUGAUUGUGCAUUGCCUCCACCUCAAGGCAUAGCUGGAUGAAGAGGUUUUGCAGUCCCUAUUCUUGUUCACAAGUUGGAAAGUCAGGUUGCUGGAGCUAGCUGCUGCUGCUGCUGGCCUUUCCCUUUCUUAAGUUACUCUGUUACUGCAGAAGCAAAACAUGCAUCUGAAAUGGUUGGGACAAUGGGUGUUGCCUUAUCUGUUUUUACACUGCCUGGGCAGGUUUCAUCAUAUUGUCUGGGUUCUGGAAAAAUGGAACUUGGUCUUGAGAUUGUUUUAUCUUGAGUUGAUUGCUUCUAAUGCUGUGCACAUUAAAGUGGUCAAGUAUUCUUGUGGAUCUUUUACAGGGCCACUGCUUACACAUUGUGAACCUGGUGCUGCUGUUGUGGACCUUCAACUUGUAGAUGUAGUUGUCUCUCAUGUGCUUAAGCAGAUAUUGUCAAGGCAUAGGUGCCACUCUAUGGUACUGAUGAUUGUAGCAGGCAAAGCAGUCCCUAACUUGCAAUUGGAGCAUGGAUUGGCUGUCAAUAGAGUGUACACAGGAUUUGCUAUUUUUUGUUGUCUUUUCACUUUGUUGAAAAGAUGUUUCAUAUGAAUUGUUGGACUUCAAGAAUUGAUAUAAUUAUUAAUUCUCAUUUAAUAUAAAA